CAGUAUUACUUACCUUACAUAAGAUUAUCACGACCGCUAUCGCAACUCUCUCCACCUUGAACCGUUGGAGUUUCGGCCGUCUGAGGAAAUUUGGAUGAUGUGAUAAGAGCCCUGUAUCUCGGCAUACUACUCGGCAUCUUAUUACGUAUAAUGGUAUAGUGCGAAUCUCCUUAUCUUCCUAAGAGUCGUAUCCGCUCGAAUUGACCAUUCAGAGUUGAUGCUCUCUACAAGAUGGAGCUCCUAUCGUCACAUUCAGGAAUUGGAGUAGCUAUCAGAGCUGGGGAGGUGAAAGUGUUAUAUUUAUCAUCUGUAUCCGUUUCCAAUUUCCGGAAUUCUUGGUCAUUUCGUGUAUAUAACGGGACGUUAAUUCUAUUUUAUAUUGUUGUUGGUAUUCCUUAGAUAUUGCCAUGAUCGUGUCUAAGCUAGCUCUUGUAGCCAGUACCCUAACGGGUGUUACUAUAGCUCGAUCAGUUCACCAAGAUGGGCCUCAACAGAUACUCGACGAUGUAAGCCCGGCCUCUUUCAAAUGCGAUAUUCCGCCAGUGGUGGACCCUUCGAAAGACGGACUGCCGGCUGCUCGUGAUAUCUUCUCUGAUCAAGAGGCAUUGCUGCUUCAGGUUAAGAGGCAUGGUACCAUUGUGAAGAUACCUUCCAUCUCGUACGAUGAUAACGGAGAACCCGGCGAAGACUCUAGAUGGGAUGUAUUCUACGACUUACAUAGGGCUUUGGCUGCUUUGUAUCCUAAUAUUCACCUUCGGGCAGCCCGCGAGACGGUGAAUACGUUCGGUUUAAUAUAUACGAUCAAGGGGACGGAACCUGCCCUUAAACCACUCCUGCUAGCUGCGCAUCAAGACGUGGUGCCCGUUGCCGACGCCUCAACUUGGAAGUAUCCACCAUUCUCGGCCCAUUUCGAUGGGCAAUGGCUAUGGGGACGGGGUGCAUCGGACGACAAGAAUAGUUUGACUGGCCUGUUUUCUGCUCUAGAAGCCCUGCUAUCAAACCCUCGCUGGGUGCCGAGGAGAACUAUAAUACUCGCACUUGGAUUUGAUGAGGAGUGCUCAGGUCGUAGAGGAGCUGGUCAUAUUGGGCCUUACCUGGAAAAGCGGUAUGGCCCUAAUUCGAUGGCCCUGAUCCUCGAUGAAGGAGGAAUGGGAUUACAACUCCUUGGCAACGAUACCUUGUAUGCCCUUCCUGCCGUUAUGGAAAAGGGUCAUGUUGAUAUCUGGUUGGAACUGUACGUAAACGGAGGUCACUCAUCAGCGCCUUUUCCACAUACUGGCAUUGGUAUAAUGGCCGAGUUUGUCAACCAUCUGGAAUCUAAUCCGUGGAAGCCCAAACUCAUCGAGGGGUCGCCCAUCUACAAUCACUUUGUCUGCCAGGCAAAACAUUCCCCUGACGCGUCACCAAAUAUCACUAAGCUAAUAAACAAAGGGGACUUGGAAUCAUUGACCGAAGAACUGGCGACGAUCGAUCGGCCGACUCAGUAUCGGAUACAGACCUCUCAAGCUGUCGACUAUUUCCUCGGAGGGGUAAAAAUCAAUGCUAUGCCGGAGUAUAUCAAGAUCGGUGUCAACCACCGCAUCGCGCCUCAGGAUUCUAUAUCAGCAGUGAAGGCCAACAUCUUGAAACAGAUUAAGCCAAUCGUGAAAAAGUUCGGUUUGACAGUCAGCGCCUUCAAAGGGGAGGAACACAAUCCAAAUAUCGAACUAGAUGAGAACCUCAGCGACGGAGCUGUAGACCCGAUGUAUGAGGUGGAAUACAACGGAACACUCGUCCUUACAUCGUCUCAACCUACUUUAGUUGCUCCGAUCUCACCGACGUCAGGGCCAAUCUGGGAUGUUUUCUCGGGGACGAUCCAGCAUAGCUUUGCUUUCGAAGGCGGAAAGGUAAUUCCCGUGGGAGAACUCAUGACGGGUAACACAGACACUCGCCACUAUCUAAACUUGACCAACCACAUUUAUCGGUGGACGCCAACUCGCCAGGGAAGUAACGCCAAUGCUCAUACGGUCGAUGAAAGGGUAGAUAUGUACGCGCAUUUGGAAAUUGUUAGGUUCUAUUACGACUUAAUUAGGAACUUUGAUGUCUCUCCUGUUGCGGCUUUUGAGGAACAAGUGGAUAUUGGAGAAUUGUGACUUGGGUGAGUCGUCUUAUUCUUCAAGAUACAUAUCCGAAUAGAGAUAUUUCUUCUGUUUCCAUACCGUUGAAGACGAUAAUUGCCUACGUAAAGUAUCAACGAAAAAUGUACAUAGCAAUAUCCAUAGGAUUGUGCGUGAUGCCCGACUUUUAGGAGGGUUAUUGUGCCAGGCCAAGUUAAGGAUAUUUCCUAAUUAGGCAAUUUGUCUGUGCACCCACUAGUGCCUUUUAGUUGUGGGUCCCAGGUAUGUAAUAGGCUAGAAUAUGG